AUGGAUGUCUUUCUCUCUUUGCCGGCCAAGAGAUGGCGUGGAAUCACAGUAAAGACAGGACGUGUAGUCAACACAAUAAUGGUCAGUAAGAAUGAAUGGACAGGAUUUCAAAUCCCAGGGGAAGGAGAACGAGCGUUUGGGGGCGUCUGGCCCCAGAGCCAGGAUAGGAAGGCAGCAGCGAUUUCGUUCGCGCACCGCGAAAUGAGAUCGCAAUGUGAAACGCCGGGCGUGGAUCACCACAUUGACAGACCAGGGAAUUGGAGCAGAACUGAUGGAGAAGCGCCGCCGCUGGGUCUUCCCUUUGCUCCGCACGUCUUAGAUGUUGGCCAACAUCAAUGGCUUCUGAUAUUGAUAAGCAGUCGGGGGCGAUUGUCUCCCCUGCACCAAGCCGCCAAUAGCCUGACCGAGAGCUCCAGGGGUGUUCAAGCCGGACUCACCUUUGGCUAG